AUGGACAAAGAGGCUGCAGUCAUUAUGUCCAUUGGUCCGACGGAGACUUUGGGUCAGAAAGGAAUGAAAGCUUGUGUCAGCAUAUUUGAUUUUAGAGGAGAGAUAUUGUUCUCGUCAUUUCAGCACAUCUUCCUCAAUCAAAGUGCCGUGGUACUGAUGUGCUUCAGCCUUCAUAAUUGUUUUCAAAACGACGCGAUCUUAGAACGUGUUUCUUUCUGGCUCAGAUUUUUGUCAACUUUCUCUGACAAAGACGACAAGUACCGUCCCCCAGUCAUCCUGGUGGGUACUCACCUAGACAAGGUGCCCGAGAAAGAACGGGCUUUGGUCAAGGGUAAAGUUCUGUACCGAAUAAACAAGAGUCGAAAUGAAGCAAAAGCCUACAGCAAUCACACUGGGGACAACUACUUCCGGCGAGCUGGAUCACGCUCGAGCGGGACUUGA